ACAAAAGCGAAAAUCGUAAUCGGGCCGAAUACACGGAGAAGCAUUGUGUUCGCGGCUCUCAAUCAGCUGUUCGUGCGGUUGCAUCUCAACUAGAUGGAUCACGUGAAUGCUGUUCACUCGAUGUUCUCGGACUAACAAGAUCUCUCUCUCUCUCUCUCUCUCUCUUUCUCUCUCUCCAUGGGAGAUCUAGUUUAUCGUGGGAUGAAUAUUGUCAGUGUAAAACGUUGUUCAUAUAUAUAUAUCUGACCGUUGUUCUGAACCGUUGUUUGCUCAAAACCGAUGUUGAAUGAAAAAAAAGAAAAAAAAAAAAUAAAGAGGAAAUAAAGAUGAAAUUACAUAUCGAUAUAAAACUAAUUUUGAGGAAUAUCGUUAUCUCAAAAUAUUGAUAAACGCCAAAUGUUAAUAAUAUUCGCGACUGAUAAUUCCACUGUAACUGAUUAAAUCAUAUCCAUGAAUUAACAAUGGACAAACAAAACACAUGUGUUAAUUAUCGAUGGUUGGAAGUGUAAAUUAAACUGGUAUUUUCGGUGUCCCUUUAAUGGCCACGUAGCAUAAAGCAUCGCAGCAUUUGCAGGCUAUCGUUUAACUGUAUUGUUAAUUGCCUUGUGGCGAUUGGCAAUCAAACGGUGCUCCUUAAAGCGCAAUAAUGACGGAAUCGCCAAUACCGUCGGUCAGCAACGUUCAGACUUGUACCCAUCAUAGUCGAAGCCAAUCUCAAAUGCAAACUCAAGAUGACAAGAGCGAGAAAACGGAGAAGGCUGUUCUUUCGCAAAUUCAAGAGAUCAACAGCCAAGUGGCGCAAUACCGCGAUUUGCUGAUAAACAUCGGUCAACCACGAGACUGUCCGGAACUUCGAGAAAAAAUUCGAAGAUUGAGACGAAAUUGCGUAGAAACGUGUAGACACACGUCCCAGCUUAUACUGCCACAAGUACGAAGAACUACGGAUAUCGGAAUCCCUGUAGACAGUCCAAAUUUGAUGCUUCUCUUUUAUGUCGCGCAAUUGUUUCUGCGCGAGCUCUGCAAAAGUAAGAACCUCAUCCGCAUCGUGCCGAUGGACAUGACGGAGUAUUACGAAACUCGAUCCGGCCCAUCCAACAUCGGCAAUGUGAUCUCACAAAUAGUUCUCUGCAAGCAAAUCACACCAGAUUUCUACGAGGAAGAAUUGUGCAGCAUUCAAAAGGAUUCCGAAGAAAUUCGUGGUCUGAUCAACGAGUUGCAAGAGUUUAUGCCUCAAUCAAGUGGUGAUAUAGAAAAGUACACGGCUUUACAAAAUGCGGGAAGUUGGAGUAAUCGUACCAAUGGUAGACGGAUACACCGAUGGAACCAAACUCAUAAUAGACCUACUAGAACUACCAGACAAUCGUCCUACUUUUGCGGAGCUUUGAAUCUUUUUUGUUGCGCAGCAAGAACAAAUUACGUUUAAUGAUUAGACAUAUUUGCCCGCCAAAUUUCUUUACAAAAAAUCUUUUUGCAAAAGAUUUUUAUUAAUUUCCUCCUGUGUUAGAUUUUCUGUUUUAAAUUUUAAAUUUUAAGGAUAAGUCAUAAAUAAAGAGAAAUUCUCACUAUGUUUUGCAAUCAUGAAACGAAACAUUCUAAUAAUUAGUCGAUUAGACGAUAAGAAACCUAAUACUGAGAUUUUAUUUAGUUAAUAGUACAAACUAUUUAAUAAUAAGUACAAAUCUCUUAAUAUAGAAAAAUAUUCAAUAAACAUAUUUUUAUAAAGGAAUUUCAUUUAUUGCGGAAUUGUUUAAAUAAUAAUAAGAAAUCUAACUUAAACUUACGAUGCAAUUUGUCUCACAUCGGUAAUCGACGAUCGUAAAACGAUUAAGAUCGAUUUCUUGAUGAAUUUUAUUAUACUUCCUCUUGUUCUUCGAUCAGCACCAAUAACUAUGGAAUGAUAUUUAAUAUAUUAUAAAAAAAAAGGAAAAGUCAAUGUAAAAAACAAUCAUUAUAGAUAUGGUAUUAUUAUUUGUAUUCAAAUAAUUAUUAUUCAAAAUCCGAACUGUGAUGAACGAGCUCAAAUUUAUCGCUGAUCGAUAUAAAAAACUACAUCACAUCGGAUAAUAGAGAAAUAAAUGCCAAUUGAAUUGGACGUUGAUUAUUUCAAUAGUGGACCAACGUAUCAUUUGUAUGCAAUGAAAGUGAUGUAAUUAAAAACAUUUCUACUAUUUUAAAAUUUUAAUCGUAUUAAACUUUUAAAAAAUAUUCUAUUGUUAAAAGUAUUGUAUUUUUCAU